AUGCCUUCAGCUCCAAUUGAUACUGGCCUUGGCUAUGGGGCCCUCAUAAUUAUUGCCAUUUUGUAUCCCCCAAUUGCAGUAUAUUUUAUUAAAGGAUGCGGUGCUGAAGUAGGUAUUAAUAUAUUUUUGACAUUUUUAUUCCACAUUCCUGGGGUUAUUCAUGCAAUCGUAUUAAUCAAUAUUAAUGAAAACAAGAGGAAAGCCAUUAAGAAUCAACAAUAUAUUUCACAAGAUGAUGAAGAAAAGAAUCAACAAGGAUAUCAAACUAGUUAUUCUUCAAGCAAUCAACAAUCAAAUGAAAGAAACCCACCAUACGAAAAACGUGAAGUAGUUCAUAUGGAUUGA